UACUGAUGUGGCUCUUAAUAAACAUGCAUAUAUAGUGACAGGACGACGCACGAAAGACUCUACAGAUGUCAAUGAUUUAUGUUUAUUGGGUGCAAUCACAACCUCCAGGGCAUCAGUUGAGAACAUUCUUUAGUUGAUACUCAUUUGUCACCAGCUAGCAACGUGUUACUGACCAAGCCAGCAACUCGAGAACGUCAAUUUACAACCAACCUUGGCCCCGAAUUGGCUCUCCCACCCAAGACUGAUUCUCUUCUGGUACCCGAGAGUUAUAGGAGAAUAUGCCUCGCUUCAAGAUAUCUUGGGUUGUGCCCGGUUUGAUGGUCGGCAAUACCAUUUGCGGCAUACUGAUGGCAGUUGGUCACCAUCUCUUCUACAUGUCCCUUGACAAACAGACCGUUGGCACCCAAAUUCAGCAAGAAUGGAAUGCCCGUAUUGGUACAGGCAUGGCAUUUUGUGUCAAGAUGUUCCUAACGGCUGCUGCUGGCUUUGCUUAUGUACAAGUGCUUUGGAGGACACUCAAGGCUCGGGAGGUCAAACUCGGGGGCAUAGACGCCAUGUUUGACGUGGUUAACAAUCCUUUUUCCUUCUUAAGCUGGGAACUAUGGAAGAAGGGCUUUGAGCUCGUUGUGUUGGCUGGAAUUCUAUGGGCCAUUCCAAUCAUAGCAGUUUUUACUCCAGCGACCUUGACAAUUCAACAGGCCAAGAGCCUGGCCCCUUCAAUACACCGGAUGUCUUUGCCUUUGGUAAACUUCUCUUCACCCUUCGUCUUUACAAGAUAUUCGACCAGUCCGACCGCGGAUGGUCCUACAGGACCAUCGAUUGCCCUGGCCCGACUUCUGUCUUCUGUCGCCGCGCAAGGCGCUGUCCUUCCUUUACAGAUGCCUUUUCCAGACGCUCCUAAAGUCUCUUACACCCUGCGCUUUCACGGCCCUUCAGUCUCGUGCGGGCCUCUUGGCGGCAAUAGCUCAUUUCACGACGAGUACGAUGAAAUCUAUAGAUAUGCCUUUAAGCACCAAGGCAAUACCCAGAUGGUAUAUGUCGGAUUCGUCCCUCAGAGUAACAAUAGUUCCGAUACAGAUACUUCAUAUGAACAUCAAACACUACUUGGCCUACAAAUCGCUACCAAUGGGUCAGUUCCACAGGACAGCAUCGCCACAGUAGAUGCAUGGUCUACGGAUCAUUGCCGCGUCUUUGUCAUUGGUACAGUCAACGCGCAUAUUGAUGAUUGGUCAGCCUCAAAAAACACAAUUGAAUGCGGCCUGUACAAUUCAACUUAUGAGGCCCAGUUCACGUUUGCCAAUGGCACUCAGGAAAUCGACGUUCAGUUGACGGAACGAGGCAAUGGCAUCUCAGAACAAAAUAUAAACCAAGACCCACCAAACAUGUACCAGCUCGCUGCCACGUUCAUCAUGCGUGGCUUGGACAAUGUAGUGGUGGGAAUCAUUCGAAGAGACCAGAGUAACCUGUAUUCUUCCUCCCAGGUCAUGUCCUCUUCGUUUAUGCAAGCUCGUGAAUUGCAGCCAAUGCUGCUCUCUGGGUUUGGUAACAUUACCACAGAUCCAUCCAACCCGCCAACCAACAUAUCCUUAGCACAGAUUAUGGAACAAUUUGUCGCAAAUGUGACAGUCAGCCUCUUUUCAAACAAAUUCUUCCUCAAUAAUGAGUCUGUGCCGAAUAUGGGAAAUGUUACUGUUUGGAAUACUAUAAACAAUUAUGUAUACAGUCCACGUAAUCUGUAUAUUGCUUACGGAAUUGGCAUAUUCGCAACACUUAUAAUUGUUGCUAUUGGACUAUUUUGUGUAAAAAUGGCAUCGCAGUCCUAUGGCAAAUCAUUCUCCACCAUUUUACGUACAACGCGAAACGCAGAGCUGGGUCGGCUUAUAGACGCGAACGAAACGAGCGGUGCUGAGCCACUAUCCAAACAUCUGGCCGAUGUAAGACUAAAGUUUUGGGUUGGACGUGUUGAGGAGGAUGAGACGGCUCCCGUCUGGAGUGCUUUUAUAUUGGCACGGGAUAAGGCGCCAUCAUACGAGAAACUGACGACGGCUUCGCAGAAUGUGUCUGAGAAUACACCAUCAUUGUAACGCCUAGAUCGCCGGUAACUGGAUAAUAUAUAGGCCUUGAAAUUUAAAUUGUUCUUAAAAGC